CUUGCUACUGCUGAUCUGUAGGUUCACUAUCACCUCAGACUGCUGUGUUGACUGGAACACAGCUGCAGUGGAGAGACUGGGGGGAAGGGACUUGACUGUCAGUUGGUAGUGGUGAAUGUGACCGUAUUAACGCAGACUUGGGGAGGGUGCUGAACUCUGAGGCGCUGGUGGUUAACCUAACUAACAGAAAUUAGAACAAAGACUACAGAGUUUUAGGGAAGGAUAACCUAACAGAAAUUAGAACAAAGACUACAGCGUUUUACUAGAGGAUAACCUAACAGAAAUUAGAACAAAGACUACAGCGUUUUACUAGAGGAUAACCUAACAGAAAUUAGAACAAAGACUACAGCGUUUUACUAGAGGAUAACCUAACAGAAAUUAGAACAAAGACUACAGAGUUUUACUAGAGGAUAACCUAACAGAAAUUCGAACAAAGACUACAGAGUUUUACUAGAGGAUAACCUAACAGAAAUUAGAACAAAGACUAGUGUUUUACUAGAGGAUAACCUAACAGAAAUUAGAACAAAGACUACAGCCUUUUACUAGAGGAUAACCUAACAGAAAUUAGAACAAAGACUACAGUGUUUUAGGGAAGGAUAACCUAACAGAAAUUAGAACAAAGACUACAGCGUUUUACUAGAGGAUAACCUAACAGAAAUUAGAACAAAGACUACAGAGUUUUACUAGAGGAUAACCUAACAGAAAUUCGAACAAAGACUACAGAGUUUUACUAGAGGAUAACCUAACAGAAAUUAGAACAAAGACUAGUGUUUUACUAGAGGAUAACCUAACAGAAAUUAGAACAAAGACUACAGCGUUUUACUAGAGGAUAACCUAACAGAAAUUAGAACAAAGACUACAGAGUUUUACUAGAGGAUAACCUAACAGAAAUUAGAACAAAGACUACAGUGUUUUACUAGAGGAUAACCUAACAGAAAUUAGAACAAAGACUACAGCGUUUUACUAGAGGAUAACCUAACAGAAAUUAGAACAAAGACUACAGAGUUUUACUAGAGGAUAACCUAACAGAAAUUAGAACAAAGACUACAGCGUUUUACUAGAGGAUAACCUAACAGAAAUUAGAACAAAGACUACAGCAUUUUAGGGAAGGAUAACCUAACAGAAAUUAGAACAAAGACUACAGAGUUUUAGGGAAGGAUAACCUAACAGAAAUUAGAACAAAGACUACAACGUUUUACUAGAGGAUAACCUAACAGAAAUUAGAACAAAGACUACAGAGUUUUAGGGAAGGAUAACCUAACAGAAAUUAGAACAAAGACUACAACGUUUUACUAGAGGAUAACCUAACAGACUUGAGAGAGGACGUAGGCUACACUCGGGUGAAGGUCAAGAACUGUUUGAUUGCCUCACACAGAGGGAGAGGAUGGAGGUUGUUUUCAAGGAGGGGAUGCUCUACGUUAAGGGAAACAAGUUUGGAAAGAAAACGUGGAGGAAGACGUGGAUCGUUCUCUACCCCACUAGCAUUUUCGGCAUCGGUCGAGUCGAAUUCCACGACAUCCUUGACGGAGGCCACACAACCACCAAGUCCAAAUCCACCCAGUGUAGGAGGAUUGUUCAACUGUGUGACUGCCUCAGUGUUACCCUGGCCCCAGAGGAGAGAUGCGCUCCAGCACUACCUAACGAUGACUGUAGAGCGUUCGACCUGAACACCACACAAAGAAGAUACAUCCUGGCCUCAGAGAACUACCAUGACUGGGUUGGGGCUCUCUGCCAACUGGCCUUCCAGAAAGAGCCUGGACACGCAGAGACCAGAGAGAAGGAGAGAGGAGGUGGGAUGGGGAUACCCAUGGAGGAGAAUGAGCUGUAUGCUACCUGGAAGACAGCCCAAUACCAGGUGACAGUUAAGACCAAUGAGGCGUCGAAGAGAUGUCAGCUGACAGGAAGUUACCACCUCUUGCCAGAACGAGACGCCAUAUUGCUCCAGGACCUCCAGACUGGUGUUACCGUCCACUGCUGGCCCUACCACCUGCUACGACGCUUCGGACAGGUCAAGGGAGGCUUCAGCAUCGAGGCGGGCCGUCGCUGUAGCUCGGGAGAGGGUCAAUUCACCUUCAUGUCUAAGCACGCUCCUAAGAUCUACAAGGCCAUGGAAGAUGCUCUUACUCUGCACAGCGAGAUGGAGAAUGAAGACACCAAGACCUCUAUCCAGCCUCCUAGCAACUCAUCGUCUCCUCAACUUCCUCAUUCUUCCACCUCUACUAACCUUCCACAUAACUCAUCGUCUCCUCAACUUCCUCAUUCUUCCACCUCUACUCACCUUCCACAUAACUCAUCGUCUCCUCAACUUCCUCAUUCUUCCACCUCUACUCACCCUCCACGUAAGUCAUCGUCUCCUCAACUUCCUCAUUCUUCCACCUCUACUCACCCUCCACGUAAGUCAUCGUCUCCUCAACUUCCUCAUUCUUCCACCUCUACUCAACUUCCUCAUUCUUCCACCUCUACUCAACUUCCUCAUUCUUCCACCUCUACUCACCCUCCUAUCAAACACAGAGUCCACACCCGCAUCGACCUAUCAGACAGACCCACUGCCCCUCCUCUACCAAUGAGAAACAACCUCUUACACAGCCCUCCAAUCAUAUCUCCCGUUACUGAACAGGUUCCGGGGUCUGAGCCAAUGGCUGACUCUGAUUGUGAUCUGUAUGCCAAUAUAGAGGACCACCUCCUCCCCAGAAUGAAACACCCGCCAGCCCCACUCAGGAUGCAGCACAGCCUGCAUCUCUAUGAGGAGGAGGAGGAGGAGGAGGAGGAGGAGAGGUGUCACUCCCUGGAUACUGUCAACCUGAACAAACUGAGGCUGGGGGAGGGGCUGGGGGAGGGGCUGGGGGAGGGGUCUCCUUAUUACAACCUGAGAAGGGGUAUUACUGGGAGGGCAGAGGAGGAGGAGGAGGAGAGAGAGAAGGAGAGUAUGGUGGGUAGCUCACAGUGUAUCUAUGCUUUAGUGAACAAGCCCUCUGAGACCCAACCACUGUCUCUGGCCUGGUCCCUGCCUCAACCCCAAACCCAGUCCCGGUCUAUGCCAAACCUCUCCCGCCUGAUGGCCCAGGCCCAGCUACAGGGGGAAGAAGAGAUGGGCUCGGGGGUCUCCAUCACCCCCAACCAGGACCCUAUCAGCUUUAAACAGAAGCUCUCUGACAUCCUGGGUAAGGAUCUGGCUAAGUUCCAGCAGCCCCUACCCCCCCUGGCCACAGUGACACCAAGAGGCAGCGAAUACUAA